AUGCCCAUUCAAGCCUUGCCAGAAAAUACUACUCGACUUCUCGGCUCUUCGCUCGCCCUGACUGAUGCUAGAUCUGUCGUCAAGGAGCUCGUUGACAACGCUCUCGACGCACGUGCAACAGCAAUCAGCGUCGAGAUAUCGAACAACACCCUAGAUGUCAUCCAGGUCAAAGACAAUGGCACGGGCAUCGAUAUCCAGGAUCGGCAGCUCCUCUGCAAGCGAGGCUGUACAUCCAAGAUUACCUCAAUGGAGGACCUUGAAAGCCUUGGUGGCUCCUCUCUAGGCUUCCGAGGUGAAGCACUGGCCAGCAUCGUGGAGUUAAGCCAGGCCGUGGUCAUUACUACUCGAGUGGAUGGCGAGGUUGUUGGGACAUCCAUCAAGUAUGCUGCCUCGGGAAUGCUCAGUUCAUCUUCGGCCUCACAUCCCGUCGGGACCACGAUUCGCGUGCAGGAUUUCCUCUCCAAGCUACCGGCUGACAACGCAGGUUCUGCCAAUGCUCGCAAUGCUAAACAAUACAUUUCCAUCGACGGCCGCCCUGUCAAUGCGGAUCGAGGCACAAUACGGGAAGUGACCAAAUCUUACAAGCGUCACCUCCAGAAAACGCUCCCAUCGUCAGAGAGCUCGUCGGUUUCGCGGCCAUUUCUCUUCAUGCAGAUCCAGUGCCCCUCUCAAAGCUACGACGUCAAUCUAGAGCCCACCAAGGACGAGGUCCUUUUUGCCCGACCUGACCAACUUCUGUCUCUAGUAGAAUUCUUAUUUGGUCGAGUGUAUCCGGUCCUUGAGGAUCACGGCAUUGAUGCAGCAGCGGAUGGAAGAGCCACUCCUUUGGCGCCCAUUGCCACAUCCAAUACUAGUCGCGAAGACCGUGUCAGCCCUGAGGAGGAUGGACAUUCAUUGAGAGAUGACAACGUCUCGGUUACAGCCGAUAAGGAAGAAUCACUGACAUGCAGAUCAGCACUGCGGAACCCCUUUACAAUUGCUGCAAUAAAUGCACAAGUCAAGCCUCGAAGGAUGGAGAUAACCCAUGCCAACGCAACAUCUGAUGGAGACCCCGAUACUCUACCGGAUGAAGAGACGGCAGAAAGGUUUGAGAAUGGUUGCUCAACCGUGACGCCCUCGAAGAACCCUUCAGAGGCUCCACAAUCAGAGGAUUUGGAUCUGAGUACCCCGUUCUCCCCCCGACCAGGUCCUCCGGUAAGACACCCUGUCAAACAACCGAGGACGAUAGAAAGAGGAGAACCGCACAAUUCAGAAGUGCAGAGGCGACUGACUUCAAUCUCGAACGACCGGGACAAGACUAAAGUCUCCGAUCCACCAAGGAACGCUCUUGGUGUCUCGGGGACGAGAGCAGAGUCUCACCUCGACCCGUUGUCGCCUCCGCUUACCUCUCAGACGUAUCGAGGCUGGGGACCAGGCCAGAAGCCUUUCAAGGUGCCACUGAUACGUUCAGGUCAAGCUGCAUCCUCUGUGGCAGCGCCUUUGACUCCGCCUUCAAGCCUUCGCGAUUAUCGUCAACUGUCACUACAGAGGGAUCUCCGAGGACUUCCUGUAGUGUCUGACGAGCACGGCAGUGAUUCUGACCAGCAUUCACAAGUGAGAAGUACCGAAUCUAGUCGAAGGGGGUCCCCAGCAAAUCACUUUCUGCAGCCUAACGCUGAAUUGGAGGAUAUCAUGGAUUUCGAGUACAGAAAGAAAGCCGCAAUAGCUCAUCAGAAAAGGACCAACGGGAGUCUCACUGCGGCUUCUCUCAAGAAAGGGGUUGUCAGACCAGCCCAACGCGAGUCAUCUCCUGCGUCGUCAUCGCUUUCCACCGCGAUGGAGUCAACAGAGAGCGCAAGCGUUGGAGAUUAUGGUGCGAAAUUUGGCAACACAGGGUCAGGGGUCUCGAUGCCGCUGACAUCGAACCCCCAUCGGAACCGCUACCUGAAGGCAUUGAAGGACUUGUCACAUUCCCAUCCGCGGCCCGGACCUCGGCUCCGUGAAACUGACGAGCAGAGAAACUUAGCAGAUACAGCCAUAUUAGACAAUGAUUUGGGCAAGUCCAAGCUUGCCGCCGACGACCCACGGGCUUAUUUAAUGAAAAUUCAACAACGACACAAAAAUGGGAAUAGCAAAAUCCACCGAACAAAGUCGUCCAAGUUGCCGCUCGAAGCGAUCCCCGCGGAUUCGACGACCUGCAAUGUUGUGCUGACCUUGAAUGAUUUCAGAGACAGCAAAGACGUAUAUAAACAACUCCAGGCUUUGAGCUCUUGUGAUCCCUACCCGAGCUCUGGCCGAACACAAUACAUAGAUUUCGACGACUGCGCAUCGAUAGACGAAGAAUGGCGACGUGUGCUACAAAAGAUGGUCAAGACAAAGUUUCGCUACAAAACAGAAGAUGGGGUGGAGAGGGUUCCGGAAGAUCUGGUUAUUGUGGUGACGAAAAUCGCUGAAGAGUAG